AUGGGUACCCGCAAGUCCAGCGGCACCAUAAUCGUCCCGCGUGAGCACCCGCGCGUCGAGCUGAAGGAGGGCGACGAGGUUUUCGACGAGGACGAUGCCCGCGCCAUGAGCCCGCGCCGCAGCAGCCGUGACCUGGAGCGGAUGGGACAGGAGGCCAGAGCGCAACUGAAUGAGCAUGCAAAGAUCCUCCAGAAGUCUCUCCUUGAGAUCUUUAACCGUAUUGAGGCUGUCAAGGAGGAGCAUAACAAGCUCGACAACAACAACAAGUUCCUGCAGAAGUACAUUGGCGAUCUGAUGUCGACGUCCAAGAUCACAUCGACGGGCUCGAGUGGAAGGAAGAAAUGA